AUGUCCAACAACAUGGCCAAGAUCGCAGAUGCUCGGAAGGCUGUGGAGCAGCUGAAACUGGAGGUCAACAUCGACAGGAUGAUGGUGUCUAAAGCAGCAGCAGAGCUCUUGGCGUACUGUGAGUCCCAUGCUAAGGAGGACCCCCUCGUAACGCCCAUGCCCUCUUCCGAAAACCCUUUCCGGGAGAAGAGGCUCUUCUGCGUCAUACUUUAA